CGCCUUUGGCUCUUGCCUUUCCUGCCAUUUUCAUCAAUCACUAGAGUAGUUUCUCGCCAUCUCGUAUUGCGGUCGACUGGGACGUCGCAUAGCUUGUAAUAGCUGUACUCAAGCCCUAGCUCUAUCAAACACCUCCAUUUACUCACUAUUAAAUGUCUGCAUUCCAUAUCCGCGACGAGGCGCUCCCAGAGGAUGCAGAUUUCAUACUCGAGGCGUUUGAUUCGGCUCUUCCGCACCUAGCGAGCACCGGUAGUGGGAUGCAAUGGGGUUCAGAGCCACGCUCGACGCAAGAGACCUAUGUUAAGCGCACACGGGUGGCAGUGGAGAAGGCUCGAUCUGGCACCAACGACAAUGAUGCUGUUUUCGUAGCCGAAGUGCCCGUUGACGACAGCCUCGACCCUGUGGCCGGGAGAACAAGAAGAGACAAAGCCAAUCAGCAAAUGCUCCAAGUUGCAGCCGCAAUGACCACGGGGUCGUUCCCCUCGUACGUUGCGGAACAGCAAAAUUUGGACGCAUAUGUACGAACGGCUAUUGAGCGCGCUGACUAUAUCUAUUUGUCCACCAUGGUCAGCGAUUUUCGCGCGGGUGCUCUGCGCAAAGGAGCUGGAGCGACAUUGGUACAGCGAGUGAGGCAGUACGCUCUAGAAAAAGGAAAGGCGGCGGUCUACUGUGACUGUUGGGCAGGGAACGGGGAAAGACUUGUGGGGUUCUACAUAUCGCAGGGUUUUGUGCCAGUGGAUGAUUUUCAUGCGAAAAAGGAUGAUGGUUCCAUAUGGCAUGGUAAACUCUUGCGGAUGGACAUUGACAAGAAUCUUAAUAUAAAGAACUAGCUAACAUGCCACUUUACACACACACGUAGAGAUAGUACAGCGCAGACAAACGCUUAUGGUAUUGCUUGUCAUUGCAGAAAACACAUAAGACAGCGGUUGAAAACGGCUUGAUCAGGUCACGCGUCUUUCUACCCUCUUCCAUGUGCGAUUGGCAGCAACCUGGAUGGGUUGAGACUAAUUCCAUUCUCAU